UUAGUGAGCUCAAGCUGCCAAUUGAUUAAAGAAACUUCUGGUUAACCUAAAAAUAACCAAACAAAAUUAAAGAACAAAAUAAUUUCACAACUGCCAAACUUUGUACUUUUAGCUAUUACUACAUCAAAUAUAUCUAUUACUAAUGUCGUCCCUAAAAGUGAUCUCCAACCAAUGGCAACGUCCACAGACAUCAGUCUACGAAAACAAUUUCGGCUACGCCGUCAAUUUUUACCAGCCAAUGAUCGAUUAUUUAGAUGAAAAACGAUCUAAAGGCAAUGCCAGAUAUCCACAUCUUCCCUACACCGAUGAAAGGGCUUUGCCUCCAUAUGAUCCUUCAAAAAAAAUCAAACCUUACACAGAACAAGAGAUUCAGGAGCUUGCUAAAGAUACCGACAGAAUCGUCCGGAAAGGUUUGGCUACAAUUGGUACAAAACGUAGUAAUGUAUUAAGAAGAUCUGCUAGUGGUGGAGAGUUGGUGGAUUUGGGUAAAAAUAUUUUAUCCAAGUCAUCAAGUGCAGCAAAUGUGUCCUCUCAAAAUUUGCCCAGAACGAGCAAGUUGUAAUGAGGAGAACCAAAGUCAGA